ACUGAAAAGCCAACUCAGCUUCCAGUUUAUAGUUUAUUUUGUCAGUAAACCAAUACAAAUUUGUUAUUAAUAAUGAGCAGAUCACAACAAAACGAUGACGACGUCAACUCGGCGCUGUUCGAUGCACGCAAUGAGUAUUACAUUGGCAAUUUCAUGGGCUCCAUAAACUUUGUACUGCCGGAGCAGGGCACGGCAGGUGCCGAGCUGCUGUCCUACAUGUAUUUGUCAUAUUUGGCCAUCGAUUCGGGUCGCAUUAUAGCCUCGGACAUCAAGGAGAAUAACACGACACCGCUGCUAGCGCUGCGUCUAGUGCACGAAGCCUUCGAACAGCCUUCACGCACCGAGGAGCUGCUGGAGAAGCUCACCGACAAGGUGGCCAGCGAUGAGGAUGAGACGAACAUUUGGCACAUCGCCACAGCCAUUGUCUAUUGCUACGACGGACAGUUUGAGAAUGCCUUGAAGAUACUGCAUGGCUCCAAUAAUCUCGAAUCAAUGGCAUUGUCGGUUCAAUGUCUGUUGCGCUUGCAGCGUGUGGAUCUGGCCAAGCAGCUAGUGGCCAAAAUGCAGGAGAUAAGCGAUGAUGCGACACUAACACAGCUGGCACAGGCUUGGGUUGCCCUGGCACAGGGUACCGAGCAAAUGCAGGACGCAUUCCAUAUCUAUCAAGAGUUCUGUGAGAAGUUUAAGCCCACGCCGGCGCUACUAAACGGACAGGCAGUAGUGCACUUGGGCCUGGAACGUUACGAGGAGGCCGAAGCUGUGCUGCGCGAGUCGCUUACCAAAAAGCACAAUGACUACGAUACCCUAAUCAAUAUGAUGGUACUUUCACACUUGACGGGAAAAUCAACGGAAACGAUUACACGCUACUGGGAGCAGCUGAGACAAUUCUAUCCGAAGAGCGAUUUUGUCGUCGAUCUGGACAAGAAAUCCGCCGAGUUCGACAGGCUCUGCUUGGAGUACGAGCCGAGCAGCGAGCAGCUGCUUGCAGUCUAAGCAAAAUCAUUUCCAAAAUAGUACAUUCAUGUAUAAAACUUUAUAUGUAUAUGCAUUAAACUACAUUACAAAUUUA